CCACGCCCACUGCUGUGAAGAAUGUUGUUUAUAAUUAUAAUGCUGUAGUAAAUGCAAGAAAUAUUAUGAUUUAACAGAGUAAAAAUAUAUUUGCGUAAAGAUGAAUCAAGACACUGAUGAUAGUGACAGCGAUAGUUUAGUGAGCAGUAGCUCUGAAGGCGAAUUUCAGUUACCUGAAAAUGAUGAACCAAAGUUUAAUUUUGAAUGGAACCCUGAACCACCAGCAGGUUUACAUUUCAUGUGUCUGGUUCCAUUUCAUCAAGAUUAUCAAGCAAACUACAAUCAGUCUUCUCACAUCGGAAAAAUUAAAGUUUCAUCUUCACACAGACAACAGCGAAUGAAUGAAUUCAAAAGUGGAAGAACAACUGGUAGAAAUUUUCUAGAUGAGAAGAAAUUAAGGAAUGCAGCAACACAAAAUAAUCACCAAUUAGUUAUAGAAUUAUUAGAUAAUGGUGUUGAUCCAUGCAAUCAGGAUGAUAAAAGAAGAACAGCUCUACAUUUUGCUGCUUCACAGGGUCAUGAUACAACAGUUAGAAUAUUAUUGGAUAAAGGAGCUGAUCCCAACAUGAGAGAUGUGAUGGGAAAUACACCUUUACAUCUUGCUGUUUGUACAUGUCAGAUUCCUGUUGUUACGUUAUUGUUAAAAGCAGGUACAAAUCUCAAGGCAGCUGAUAAUCAUGGUCGAACUCCUUUAUCCUUGGCCAAAUCUAGAUUAAAACUAUUAUCUUCAAAUCAGUCGUACUCAUCUGAACGACUGAAACGUGAAGUGACAGAGGUUUCAGACAUGAUGAAAACAUAUUUAAAUUUAUCUGGAAUGAAAGAUGAUGCCAGUCAGAUAGAAGAAUUGUGUGCUCGAUUACAUAUUACAUCAUCAAGGGAUGAAUUGGACAAUAUUAAUAAUUUAUUAUCUGAUUUUACAAGCAUGAACAUUCGCCAAGAAGAAAACCCAGGCUGAAAUAAUAUCAUUGAUUGUUAAAUUGUUAAAGAUAUAUUUAUUAUGUUAUGAAGUGGAUUAGAAGGGAGCGAUUGAUUUGGGAAUAAAUGUAAAUAUUGAAUGUUUUGGAAAUACCAAAUGAAUUAGAACUUAUUUGAUAUGAAAUUCAUUAUACUGAAAGCAAUAUAUAAUAUUACACACCUCCAGACUAUAGCGCCCAUAGCAACUAGUUAUGUUUAAGGUGGCUAUUCCCAAAGUCAUAACAUUAACCUCCAAUAACAUCAUACUUUGAAUUUCAUGUGUACAAGGUAAGCAACGGUUGAUACUUGGAGAUAAACUUUAUAGUUUGUGUCGAUGUGUAUGUCAGAUAGAAACCUAUUUCUACUCUUUUUAUUCGUAAUAAAACCUUUGGACUCCGUCCUUAGGAUUUUCAUUUCGAAUAACAACCUGGAAAGCUGUUUCUAUCUACUACAUAAAGACAGCUUUAUGGAUAACAUUCACAACAAAGUUUAUUAACUGCAACAUUUGAAGGGGGUACUCUACCCGUUAACACUUGAUAUACGUUGCAGUUAAUAAACUUAGUGAAUAUUAUCCAUAAAGCUGUCUGUAUUAUUGCGAAUUUUAUUCUUUGGAAAUCAUUAUCUAAUAGUGAAUUUCAGAACAUCACUGCCUAGUAUUUGGAGGUAGAAUUGAAAAUAUUGUCCUUGGUACUGGUACUGGUACAGGACAUUUUGAUAUUAUUUGUUACAUUGACUUUAUAUACAUUUUAUAUGUAAAUUUUUUAAACUUCUAGAUAUUUUAUUCAAAAGUUAGAUAUAAUACAAGAAUAAUAAAUGGUGACAUCUUCAACCCUAAUUUUAUAUGCUAGAUAAGCUUCUCAUUUUUGACUGGCUCCUCUCACAAGUUUCCUAGGAAAUGCAUGUCUGCGAUAUUCCGUAGGUGGGAGCAGACGUUAAGCCCAAUAUCAAGUCAAGUCAAGUCAACCCUAAUAUAUUCAGCUGAUGUUUUCGUACUUUCCCCUUAUACUACUGGAGUUCUACUGCAAGUAAAAAUAACAUAAUCUGAUAAAAUUUAACUCCUUUAAUACAUGUUACAGUUUGCGGAUGUGGGGUUUUUAAUAUCCCAAAUAGACUGUUAGUGUACUUCAGAAACAAUGCAAUAUCUCUUCUAUAAUUAAUUUCUGUUUGAUAAAAC